GCUUCUCUCUCUCUCUCUCUCACUAAGAUUUCCUAUAUAAAACACACCACACUAAUCAUUUUAAUCUCUCUCUCUCUCUCUAAUUAGUGAGUGAUUAACCCAAAAAAAGUUAAUUAAAGAAAAUAAAGAAUAAUGGGGAAAGGAAGAGCACCAUGCUGUGAUAAGAGUCAAGUAAAAAAAGGUCCAUGGAGCCCUGCUGAAGAUUUAAGGCUCAUCACUUUUAUUCAGAAACAUGGCCAUGAAAAUUGGAGGGCUCUCCCUAAACAAGCUGGGUUGCUAAGAUGCGGGAAAAGCUGUCGUUUGAGAUGGAUUAAUUACCUAAGACCAGACGUAAAGCGAGGGAAUUUCACCAAAGAAGAAGAGGACACCGUAAUUCAAUUGCACCAAACUUUGGGAAACAAGUGGUCAAAAAUUGCAACCCAUUUACCGGGCAGAACAGACAAUGAGAUCAAGAACGUAUGGAACACACAUUUAAAGAAAAGAUUAUCAUUCAAAGACGAUAAAUCUUGUAAUAGUAAAUACGAAUCUUCAACUACAACAUCUUCAUCAUCUUCUUCAUCAUGCACAAUCAUGUCUUCUGGUAAAACAAACGAUCAUCAUGCAGAUUCAGUCACCAAGAAAAAACCUAAAGAAUUGUCAACCUCAUCAACUUCAUCCAUUAACUCCAAUAUACAUAACCAGUCUAAAAACAGUGAGCCACUUUUCAACUUCACAGAGCCAUUCGGUGAAGAAAUUACAGCUGAAGAUGAGCUCGAGAUUCCGUUCGAGUCCGAUUUGGAUUUUUGGAACAUGUUAGAUGGAUUAAAUACUUCCGUAUCGAUCACGAAUAAUAAUAAUAACAAUAAUAUUGGUGAAGAAGCGUAUAAAGGUGGUGAAGUUGAUAAUAGUAAGUGGCUACGUUACUUGGAGAACGAGUUAGGGUUAGAAGAUGCAUCCAAAAAUGAUGAACCUGAGAAUUUUCAGUAUGAGAUUGAGAUUCCGAUGAAGCCAGAAGUUUAUCAUAUGUGGCCUUCUUUAUGAGAUAAUUAAUUAAAUAACCUUUAAUUUUCUAUGAAGAACAAAAAUAUUAUAAUGUAGUUUUUGUAAAAUUGACUUUGGUUUAUAGAGUUUAGUGAUAUUAUAUUAUAUAGUCCUAACUUUACAAGAACAGAUAAUUAGGUCUUUGCUGAUGUAUAUGAUGAUGAUUAUGAAUCCUUUAGAGUUUACACUAGUCAACUACUAGUAAUAUUAGAAUUAAAAUAUAUGAGAUGAUGAAUUAAUACUUCAAAGGGAUGGAUCAUGUAUUCUGUUGUUAAAUAAUAAAAAUAUGGUUUUCCAUAUUAAA